UGUGAUCAGUUAUAACAAUGUUCCCUGAAAUUGGAUUUGUGUUAGAUUUAAGCUCCUUGAUAUUUUAUAGAACGGUAAAAUCUUAAAUGUAGCGACAAAUUUCUUAAAAAAAACUGAUGAAGUUGGAAUCAAAGAGAUAUCCGAGUAUCUAUUUACCUUAUUCUUUAAUAUAAUGAGCUAACGAUACAAUACGACAUAAUGAAUGAAUAACUAUACAAAUUAUUAAACUACGUUCAUGUUUUUUCAACGCCCAUGAUCUCAAGAUCGUGGUUUAGUGGCAGCCCUAGAUGUGGCGCGCUUCGCACCUGCAGGACGCAGUCACUCGUCGUCCGCCCGUCGUACGAUACGGACGUCGUUCCCGACCGACGCGAUACCCCGCGAGUGCGUGAUUCUACAUCGAACUGUGUUUAAGUUCCUAUUGCGUGAUUUGUGACUUUUAUUUUUUAUUAUCCUGGAAUUCCGCUCAUGGACAUACCGCUGAUGGAAAUUGCAUAUCGCAAUGUGCUAGGCGGCGCUCAACGUAAGGAAGACAUAGUUGGGCGGCGUUAUGUAACUCAAUAAUAGUAAUAUGAAGCUGAGUAACUUCGUUGUUUACAUCACGAGCCUGCUAUGGCUUAACCUCACAGAUGCUAAAAUAGGGUACUUUUGGCACGUCACAGAUCUUCAUUAUGACCCGUUUCAUAACUCCCCAGAGCUGCAUAGAGGCUGCAGACACAAUCGUGGCAAUAAUGAGCACAUUCACCGCAACGGUCGCCACAGAGACCACACGUGCGACAGCUCCUGGCCGCUCAUACAAAGCGCCGCGGCACUCAUGGCUGCACGACAUCCCGACACAUUGGAAUUCGUGCUCUGGACUGGAGACAUCCUGUCCUCAUCAAUGGAACACCUCAGCGAGGAAAUAAAAUUGGAAGCUGUGAGGAAUGUGACGGAUAUACUUAGCAGGACAUUCAGCAGCCAGUUUGUGUUCCCUGCACUAGGACACAAUGACCCUCCACCUUCCAAGAGACUGAUUGAUAUGUGGAUGCAGUGGCUACCCACGGAAGCGUUAAAUACAUUUGAAACUGGUGGAUACUACACUAUAGAACAAUCACACAGCAGACUAAGGAUUGUUGUGCUAAACAGCGUGCUAUGGGCCGGCGGAGCCGCCAGGACCGACGGUCCUCAUAGAGGACGAGCGCAAUGGGAGUGGCUCGAGCAAGUCCUUAGCAAAGCUAGGAGAAGAAACGAAAUGGUGUAUUUAGUGGCUCAUGCAGGACCCGGAGUAGAAGAACGGCAUAAUGCUGGCAGCUCAUCAGCGGCUGGUGGAGGCGAACUGUCUCCUACAGCGAACGCAAGAUUGGUGCACGUGAUCCGAGCAUUCAGCGAUGUGAUCGCUGGACAGUUCUACGGUCAUCGACAUGCUGAUACAUUUAGACUUAUUUAUAGUGAAGGUCGGCCGGUGUCUUGGGCUCUAUUGGCACCUUCAGUUACGCCAAGGGGAGCUGGCAGUAUCUCAAAUCCAGGAUUAAGACUUUAUAAGUUCGACUCUAAUACUGGAAAGGUUUUGGAUUAUACGCAGUAUUACUUAGAUGUAACUAGAGGAGAGGCCCACUGGGCUAUAGAGUACAACCUAACUCAAUACUACGGCUUGAGGGAGGUGAAUGCAGUCUCACUCGACGCCUUGGCUGAAAGAAUACGAAACCAACACGACCGCGGCGUUUUUACUAAGUAUUUAACAGCACUGCGCGUUCGUCACGCAACGGACGUAGCCGACUGCGACACAGCCUGUGUGCACGUCCACUACUGUGCAAUAACACGCGCAGACUACCACGAGUUUCGCGCGUGCGUCCGCAACCCUGCGUCGGCGCUAGCGUCGCGUGCGGCACACAACUCCGCAGCCAUCUUACUUUAUGCCAUAUUAAUUUUAUUAAGGUCGUAAUAUUUUCGAAUUGUUUUGUAAGCUUCUGUGUUUUGAUGGCAUUCUGUCAGAAGUAAAAUAUGUUUUAAUUUGAACGUUUCAGCUUUUGAGAUGUUAAAUACCUGGUUUAAAUAUCAACAAAUAGAUUACUCUUUGGUCCCUUUGAAAUUGUUUAAGAAACAAAUAUUCGUUCCGUAUUAACAGUAUAAUCAUUACAGACUAAACAUAAUUUAUAACUGUAACAUUUUCCUAAUUUAUUUUACUUCAAAGAAACAAGAUUAAUUGGAAAACUUCAAAAGGCUAUCAUUUGUUUCGCGCGAGAGCAUUGUUUCUUUUAUGUCGUUAUUGUAAAAUAGAUUAUCAAACGCUUCAAUUUAUAUUGUAAUAGAAAAAAUGGAUUUUAAAUCAUAUUCAUCGUGUGUUAAUAGAACUUGGUUAAUGUGAUCAUCAUCGCAAAUUUGAUUGUGAUAAUUGUCAUUUUUGUAAAUAAAGAAUAAGUGAACUGAA